CUCAGACCUUCAUCAGUCAAAAUGCCUCAACAGAAGGAUAUUGUAAAGAUCGCCAUCCAGAUGCCAGGGGCGUACCCGCAGCUCAUUCAGCUGGACCAGAAAAAGCCCCUCACUUCCGUCAUAAAAGAGGUUUGUGAUAAGUGGAAUCUUCCGGGCCCUGAAAACUAUGCUAUCCAGUAUGCAGAUGGGAUCCAGACGUACAUCACUGAAUCUAACCGCCUGGACAUCAAAAACGGCAGCAUCCUGCGCUUAACCAAAGCACCAGGCCGCUGUGCUGAGGAUCUGUAUAAAGGCAUUCAGAGCUCAGACGCCAAUGUUCGCUGUGACUCACUGAAGCUCCUGGCCUCAGUUUCCACCGACAUCACGUUUGCACAAGAGUUUAUCAGUCGCGAUGGACACUCCCUGUUGGUCAAGAUAGUAGAGGACGCUCAGGAGUCUCCUGUGAUCAUGACACACACACUCACUGCUUUCAUGGAGCUCAUGGACCAUGGCAUUGUGUCCUGGGAGAAUCUGUCCAGUUUUAUCAAAAAGAUGGCCAGUUUUGUGAAUGCGAAGGUUCUGGACACGUCCAUCCAGCAGGUGUCGCUGGCUAUCCUGGAGAGCAUGGUCCUCAGCAGCAGCAGUCUGUUCACAGAGGUCAAGCAGGAGAUCACGCUGGAGAGGCUCCUCUCACAUCUGCAGGUAACAAACCAGCAGCUGCAGACAAAGGCCAUGGCUCUGCUGAUGGCGUUGCUGCAGGCUGGAGGAGAAGCAGACCGACAGGAGCUCUUUGAAUUUCUUGAGAAGAGGAACCUGCGCCAGUACAUUCACAAGAACAUCAUCCACAGCUCCAGUUCAGUAGGAGAUGAAAUGGCCCAUUACCUGUACGUGCUGCAGACAGUCAGGCUGAACCACCUGGAGCCCCGCAUGAGGACACCUCUGGACUCCUACAGCCAGGAGCAGAGGGAUAUGCUGCACGGGCUGCGUCAGGCGGCAUUCGAGACGGAGAGCGAGAGUGGACUGAGUAAUGAACGCAGACGCUCGCUCUGUGCUAAAGAGUUCAAGAAGCUCGGCUUUUCAAAUAACAGUAAUCCUGGUCAGGAUCUGAGCCGGUGUCCUCCAGGUCUACUGGCGUUGGACACAAUGGCAUAUUUUGCCUCCCGUUAUCCUGACGCAUACAGCCGGUUUGUGCUGGAGAACAGCAGCAGAGAAGACAAACACGAGUGUCCGUUCGCCCGCAGCAGUAUCCAGCUCACACUUAUUCUGUGCGAGAUCUUGCGCAUCGGAGAACCUCCCUCUGAGACGGGUUCAGACUAUCACCCGAUCUUCUUCGCUCAGGACCGUCUGGUGGAGGAGCUGUUCUGCAUCUGCAUUCAGCUGCUCAACAAGACUUGGAAGGAGAUGAGAGCCACGCAGGAGGACUUCGAUAAGGUGAUGCAGGUUGUGCGUGAGCAGAUCACCAGGACCCUAGCAAGCAAACCCACGUCUCUGGAGCUCUUCAAGAAUAAAGUGAACGCGCUGAACUACAGUGAGAUCCUCAAACUCCGACAGACAGAGAGACUCCACCAGGAGGAGACGCUUGCUCCACCUGUGCUAGAGCUGAAGGAGCGUCUGAAGCCGGAGCUUCUGGAGCUAAUCAGACAGCAGAGACUGAACCGUCUGUGUCACGGAACGCUCUUCAGGAAGAUCAGCAGCCGCCGGAGACAAGACAAGCUGUGGUACUGUCGACUUUCUCCUAACCACAAAGUGCUGCACUACGGAGAUGUUGAGGAGGAGACGGAGACGCCCUCCAUCGAGGCUCUUCAGGAUAAGAUUCCUGUGGCAGACAUUAAGAAUGUGGUGACUGGAAAAGACUGUCCUCACAUGAAGGAGAACAAGGGAAAACAAACUAAGGAGGUACUGGACUUGGCUUUCAGCAUCACGUAUGACGUUGAGGAGUACAGCCUGAAUUUCAUCGCCUCGUCCAGAACAGACUUCUGCCUGUGGACGGAUGGACUCAGUGUGCUUCUGGGUAAAGAAAUGAGCAGUGAAAGCAUGCGCAGUGAACUGGAGAUUCUCCUCUCGAUGGAAAUCAAGCUCCGUCUUUUGGAUUUAGAAAACGUCCCGAUCCCAGACGCAGCGCCGCCCAUCCCGAAACCCCCCAGCAACUUCAACUUCUGCUACGACUUCAGUCAGACCGAACAGUAACAGGACAGGCAUAAGCAUGAGGCUGCUGUUUGAGAAAGAGCUGAGGCUGGAAACGUCCACUCGGAGGAAACGCAGGUACAGGAUUGCAGAUUGGGAGAGAAUGAUUUGGGUAUUUUAGAAGAAAGAGCACUUUGAACAGUCAGAUUGUGUUUUAUCUGUGGUGCUGACGGUGCGAUGAUGAUAGAAGUGUCUGGUUAACAUGGCGUUGAGUGUUUUGGUUUGCGUGUUGUAUCUAACAUGACUUUUUUGCAUAUAAUAGACGUUCAGAAAUGCACACUUUCUCUGCUCCUUUUUAGCUUCUGCCAAAAUUAUACUACAGGUGUUAUUUGUGAUGGAAAAAAGAUAUGGUAUGAACGUUUGUGCUUUAGUAAUGUUUGGCAUACUCAGUCAUUCUCUUUAAUAAUAGUUACGUUAUAUAAACGUAUAAAAUUCACUUUUUUUCUUCCUGAUUUACAUGUUUAGCUUCUGCCAAAAUGGUACUAAAAGGCAUAAAAUGACAUGAAGCAGAUUAGUGAGAUAACAGAAAAAUUAUAUGUAUAUAUAUAGGUUUGGAAGAAAGUAAAGAAAACUUGAAAAAGAUUAGUAUAUACAAGGUUCAUACGGUUCUGGAAAAGUCAUGGAAUAUUGCAAAGGCUUUUUUCAGGCCUGGAAAAGUUUUGGAAAAACAAAUAAACCCAAAAUGUUUUGGAAAAGUCGUGAAAAUUAGUUUAACAAAUAUCUGUGUACUUGAAUAUAUUUAAGAUACUAAAAUCGGUUAAAUUUAAAAUACAAUUGAGCUGGCGGUCUCUUCAUAAUUCAGUUUUAGCUUCGCCUCACUUUCAUCGUAAUUCAAGAAACAUUUUGAGUGUCGUGUCCAGAAACAAUCUCUAAUAACUACAGAGGUAAGAUAAUGUGGGUGCUAAAGGCUUCUUUAUAAUACAAUAUACUAUCAUUUAUAACACAAGCCAACAUUUCUAAAAUAUUUUCACGCGGACAGCAAGAUACUUUCUAAACUAUUUUGCAGAUGUCAAAUUAAAUAUAAACUACACAGAUGGUCACGUAUUUGUUGAUAUGCUGUAAUAAAUUUAAACAUACAUUUUGUUUCUUGUUUACCACGUGUACAUAGACAUUACAUAAAACAUCAAUAUUUACCUCAAAGUUUUGGAAAAGUCCUGCAAUUUUAAUAGUAAAAAUAGGUUUGAACGCUGUAUAUAGCGAUAGAAAAAAUUAAGGAAAAACUAUUGUCAUCAUUCUUUUUUCUCUGUUAUGACUCAAAAUCUAGAUGAUUCAAGCAAAUACUGAUUUCUCAACUCUUCUCAAGAUAAAAACAUUGGUAAAACAAAUACACACAUGUCUGAAACACGACUGACACGUUUUUUUUUUGUGUUUGACCAAUUGUUGUUUUACGCAAAAUAAAAUCGCAACAUUUCAUUUAUAGAUUUUGAAGAAACGUCAUCAGUAGACAAAAAGUCUCUUAGGGUGCUUUCACACUAGCACUUUUGGUCUGCACCCGGGUUACUUUUAGCUAGUGUGAGUGCUGUCUUCUGAACUCUGGUGCACACCCGUAAACUGUACCAGAGUCUGCCUGAAAGAGGUGGUCUGGGGUGCGGUUCGUGCAAACACUGGUACAGUUCAUUUCUGAUAUGAAUGCAAUCGUACCAAAUAACAGAAGUCAACAGCCAACUGUACGAUAAACUUUAGUUUUCAUAACAUUCAUUCAUGCGUGUAUGUAUCACCUACCUUGGUGAUAAGCAGGACUGACCCAGUGCAAACAGUGAUAAUGUCUGCUAUCUUCACCAAAAAAACUAAAAGCAGAAUGACCGUGAUAUGUGUAUGUCUCCAUUUUGGCAAAAACAGCAGCUUGAUGAUGCUAGCAUCCCAGAGUUCAGAAGGAAAAAAGACAGUGUGAACACAAACCAGCUGAGGUGGCGGCAAGGGAGAACAAUCGAACUUGGGUUCAGUCCAGGCAAUUGAACCAAGUGUGAAAGCACCCUUAAUUUGUUCCCUUAACUGUAUAUGAUAUAAACAUUUGUGCCUUCAAAAUGUUUGGCAUUCAUAAAUACUUUUAUUUUUUCUACUUUUUGCGGUAUAUUUCUAUAUUUUUGUGGUCUAAAAGCCUAAAGUUAUAGUAUAAGGCAAUAAAUUACAAUGAUCAGCUUUUUAGGAACAUGAUAUAAACAUUAGAGUUUAAAUCAUGUUGCUUUCCUCAUUGAUUCCCUUCAUAAACACUUUUUUUUGGAGAUGUUUAAUGGCUAAAACCAUGCUAAUAGACAUUAAAUUGAUAUUUAACACUUUACCAGCAGUCAAAAACAUGAAAAUAUAUCUUACAAAUAUUUGUACUUAAUAUUUAAUGAGUAGUUAUGGAUUCUUGACAUUUAGCCUCUACCGAAACUAUAUUAAGGGAGGGAUAAUUGAUAGUGGGCUGUUGAAUUGUCAGUAGAACAAUGACCUACCGAGGAGGUGAUGUGGUCACGAUGCGAAGUCAAAGUAACUUUUGUUGAAUGCUUGAUUCUGAUUGGCUGAUGAACAUUCUAAAGGGCUGUUCGUUCAUACAGAACAAGUUAGCCAGUCUAAUAGACAUUUUAGCUCCUUCAUGAGGUUAAAAAAAAAAGAUGAUAAAUGAUAUUCCCUUUGUAAUAGCCGUUAUGCGCGCACAAAUUUAGCUUUCUUGUUUUUCCUCCUCUUGCAUGUUUAGCUUCUACCAAAAUUACACUAAAAGGCAUUAAAUGACUGAGCAGCUUAUUACUGAGGGGAAAAGUGUUAAUGCUGUGAUUAAUAGCGUCAUCUUCGUAGAUUCCCUUCAAAUCAAUACUCGAUCAACAUACAGAUAGUUUAUAAUGUACAGGAUAUGCGUAUAUAGAUUGAGUUUUGCAGUGAAUUAAAGUGCAGGUGCAGAUGCACACAAUAUGAAACGUAUUAAUACUGGAUAGCAUAACUGCGCUGUAUAUUUAUGUUUUCAUACAUGUCUGUUGCGUUAUUGUUAUUAUUUGUAGGUGUGCAUUAAAGAUGAGGAGUUUUUGGUACUAGAUUUAAACUCUCUAUAUAGACAGUGGUUUUGGAUUGUGUGUUCGAGGACUAGUUUGACCAAGUGUGCCUUGAAGACACUGCAUGAAUACUUUGGUGUGAUUUGAUAUUUCCAGCUUCAUGGCAUACUCACAUUUACAGCUGUGAUGCGUUUCGAUUUUUGGUCUAACUACUCCAUUAUGCUUUUUUGGAUCUAGAUUGUGAUUUAUGUCGAUUUAUCUCUGCAUAACGAGCACUUCAAUAGUAUGUUAAUUUAUAAUACACAUAAUGAUAUGUGAUCUAUAUAUACUACCUGACAAAAGUCUUGUCGUCGAUUCCAGUUGUAAGAGCAACAUUUAAUAACUUGACUUCUAGUUGAUCAUUUGGAAAAGUGGCAGAAGGUAGGUUUUUGUGAUGAAUUAUCUGUUGAUCUGCAUCCCAAUCAUCACAAAUACUGCAGAAGACCUAUUGAAACCUGCAUGGACCCAAGAUUCUCACAGAAAUCAGUCAAGUUUGGUGAAGGAAAAAUUAUGGUUUGGGGAUACAUUCAGUAUGGUGAGUGGAUCGCAACAUCAACCGCCUGAGGUAUCGAGACAUUUGUGCUGCCCAUUACAUUACAUACAUUACAUAAGAAUUUGACUGCCCACAGGAGGGGUCAAAUUCUUCAGCAGGAUAGCGCUCCUCAUAUUUAAGCCUCCACAUCAAAGUUCUUGAAAGCAAAGAAGGUCAAGGUGCUCCAGGAUUGGCCAACUCAGUCACCAGACAUGAACAUUAUUGAGCAUGUCUGGGCUAAGAUGGAGGAGGAGGAGGCUUUGAAGAUGAAUCCAAAGAAUCUUGAUGAACUUGAUGAAUUUCUUUGGCAUUCAGGAUGACUUUAUUAAUGAGUUAUUUGAGUCAUUGCAGAGAUGUAUUAAUGCAGUCGUCCAAGCUCAUGGGAAUCGUACACAAUAUUCAUUCUUUUUCCACUGCACCAUGACUUCAUAUUCUAUACUGUACAUAAUUUCUGUUAAGUGACGAGACUUUUGUCUAAGCAAAGUCAGACCUUACUGUCCUAAUUAAAUAAUUAAAAAUCAAGGCAUGAUCAUAUUUUAUUUUGGUAAAACCAGAGUAAUCUAGAGGCCUUUGCCUUUCAUAUUAGCCGCUUCUGAUACCAAAUGAUCAAUUAGAAGUCAAGUUAUUAUUAGUUGUUUCUAAAACUUGGAUGGGCGACGAGACUUUUGUCAGGUUGUGUACAUGUAGCUAUUUAAAAAAAUGAAUAGAGAACAGUUUCUCUGAUAAUACUGGAUUUAUCAGGUAUGGGUUUGAGUAAAAAGUUCAUAUUUGUUUUGGUCUGAUCAAAUUUUAAAGAAUAAUAUUGUCAUCAAGAGCAUUUUUGUUUAGAAAAUAACAAAUAGUUUCAAUUGUUGUGACUGAAACAGUUGAAAUUGUUGUGACAUUUUGUUGCAUUAAUGGAGCUGAUAACUUUAUGGUAUGCAAACAUUUGUGUAAUCCACUGAUUUAGUUCUUUUGUGGUAGUCCUGAAUCUGAUGACAUUGAUUUAGCAGAAAACAAUCCUCGUACUGUACUGAUGGUUUUUGUAUAGAGUUUACUUGUACUUUAUGUUGAUCAACAAUGUGGCCGCUUUACCAGCUGACAACGGUACGUGAUAUUAAUUCAAGGUUUGACGAUCCUUUUGUAUGUUGUGGAAUUAAAGAAUAUAUAUUAUUAUAA